AGCGGGAGGGUGUGAGCACGCAGCACGGCACCUGACAUCGUCCAUGCUGAGAAGAUGGCGUGUCACUGGAUAAUUGUUUUUUUUUUUAUUUUAGUUUUCAUUUUAGUUUUCACAGAGUUGGAAAUAACCCCAGUGCCGACCCGCGCUGGGGCGGGGCUGCUGAGGAUGUUGGUGAUGACAGCCAGGAACUCUCAGCUGCUUCCCUGGGCCGGCCCCUCGCCUGGCUGGUGUACACGUCCUGCCUCGGCCCAUCCCAGCCUCAAGGGAGUAGGUCACCCCGGUGCCCCCCAUCGCACCCUGGGAUUUUAACCCGAGCCUCUGAGGCCCAGUGUCCGAGUCUCAACUAGCAGCCAGAGCUGCAGCCCACUCUGCCCGGGGGCUAUGUUCAUGCUCCCCUCCCCCAGGGGGCAGGUCAUUAGCUAACAAUGAUUAUUCUGGAACCCCCGUCAUGUCAUGCACUGUUCUGGGCCUGCCCAGACCCAUCAGGACCCUUUCCCCAGAAUCAUCUCCUGGAAUCCUCAGAGAAAUGCGGGCCAGGGUUACUGUCCCCCCAUCGUGGAUGGCCUCACUGGGUGGCAGGAAGGGGUGGUGAGUGGAAGGCCACAGAGAAGCACUUGAGAGAGACCCCCCUCUGGGGGCGAGAGCUCAGUUCACCUUUUCCUUUUCCGCGCGGAGGCCCUGUUGAUAAAUUGAGGUCUGGGCUCUGCUGGCUCAGGGACUGUGCCUAGGAGCCCUGGGGUGCCCCCCUCUGAGCAGAGGUUACCCUGGGGACGAGGCCACAUCCCAACCCCUGCCCAGGCAGUGGCGGCCCUGGAGCCUGCGGGGACUGCGCCCCUGUAACCCCUGCCUCCCCAGAGCACCCCCCUCUAAUUAGGUGGAAGGGGUUGUGGUAGGAAAUGCAAAUCUGGGCCUUCCCUUAUCCAGCUGGAUGGCACCCCCUGCAGUUCCUGGGGCUGAGGGGGCAGGGGCCGGCCUGUGGGGAGUGGAGCGCUGCAGCCAAUGCCCCUUCCCUCCCAUGUGGUGAGCAGCAGCAGCCCAACGUCCCCAGAGCGGGACCCUCAGAGAUCACGUCCUCCAAACCUUGCACUGGGCCAGGGGGAAACUGAGGCCCAGAGAGCGGAGGGACCUGCCCUGUUCCAAGGAGCAGCACAGCUGCUGAGAUCAGCAGGAGGGCAAGUCCCACCUCCCUCUGACGAGCUGUGUGGCCCUGCCUCAGUUUCCUUACUUACAAAAUGGUGUUAAUAAUAUUGGUGCUUUGGUGUGUGUGGGGGGGGUGUGGUGUGGAAACACACACCGGAAGAGGUGAAAACUCUACCCUGUUAUAAACCAACGGAACCUCAAUAAAAAUAAUCCAGUUUUCACAAAGAGAAAUUCAUCUUCCAGGUGCUCAACUCAGUAUCGACAAUAAGUAACAAAAACGUCAUGUAGAGGAAAAAAUUAAAAUUAAAUGAAUAUGGAAAAUGAAAGUGGCAUUAACCUUGCUGUGCAAAGGCACCCGAACACCCUGUCUUUUCGCUGCUCGCUGGCUGACUUCCAGAUUGAGAAGAAGAUAGGCCGAGGGCAGUUCAGCGAGGUGUACAAGGCCACCUGCCUGCUGGACAGGAAGACGGUGGCGCUGAAGAAGGUGCAGAUAUUCGAGAUGAUGGACGCCAAGGCCAGGCAGGACUGCAUCAAGGAGAUCGGCCUCCUGAAGCAACUGAACCAUCCAAACAUCAUCAAGUAUUUGGACUCGUUCAUCGAGGACAACGAGCUCAACAUCGUGCUGGAGCUGGCUGAUGCGGGCGACCUCUCGCAGAUGAUCAAGUACUUCAAGAAGCAGAAGCGGCUGAUCCCCGAGAGGACGGUGUGGAAGUACUUCGUGCAGCUGUGCAGCGCCGUGGAGCACAUGCACUCCCGCCGGGUGAUGCACCGAGACAUCAAGCCUGCCAACGUGUUCAUCACAGCCACGGGUGUCGUGAAGCUCGGGGACCUCGGCCUGGGCCGCUUCUUCAGCUCUGAGACCACCGCGGCCCACUCCCUAGUGGGGACGCCCUACUACAUGUCUCCCGAGCGCAUCCACGAGAACGGCUACAACUUCAAGUCGGACAUCUGGUCUCUGGGCUGUCUGCUGUACGAGAUGGCCGCUCUCCAGAGCCCCUUCUACGGUGACAAAAUGAACCUGUUCUCCCUGUGCCAGAAGAUCGAGCAGUGUGACUACCCGCCCCUGCCCGGGGAGCAUUACUCAGAGAAGCUGCGAGAACUGGUCAGUAUGUGCAUCUACCCCGACCCGGACCAGAGACCCGACAUCGGCUACGUGCACCAGGUCGCCAAGCAGAUGCAUGUGUGGAAUUCAAGCACCUGAGGGGCCGCAGCAAGUCUCAGCAGAAGCCAGCACCACCUCGCCUUACUCGAGUCUUCUCUCCCAAGUGGCCACCCGGUAGCCUAGAUCAACUGAGACAGGAGGGUGGGGGCGUCACAGCGGAGGUGUGCAGAACGGCUGGGGGGGCGCUGGCCACAGUUGCUGGUGGCCGCAUUCGGAAGCCCUUUCUUUCAACGGUGGGACGGUCUCAGCGGGGUGGCCGGCGAGCCCCUGCCGUCCACCCCCACCCCAUGGUACCCCGUGUCUCCGGAUGGUAAUGUGAAUCUUUUGGAUAAUCCCUUCAGUCAGCAAAGGCUUCUACUAACAGAAUUGCAGGAGACCAGUUUGUGGUGAGCCUCUGCAAAGGGUAGUAGCAGUUUAGCUCUUAGACUCUCCUCAGACCACCAAGCUGUGUGCUUAAUUUUACUCUGUUGUAUAAGGAUAACCUGGAGCUCAUUUUUUAAAGUACAGCGGAGAUUUUCCUACUAUUUUUAUCUACAUAAAAUGAUGGAGGACAAUGAGGACCCAGCUUCUGGCAUCAAACUUCUGCGAGGAAGGCAAACAGAAUUGGAAGGCCGCGUUUUCUACGCAGCUGGCUCAGCCCUCUCCCGCCCCAGCUGCCUGCCAGGCGCUUACCCCAGUCUGGGCGCUGGCAGUGCAGUUCCCCAUCAGUGUUGAGCCUUUUCUUCCGUGGGAAGGCAGCGAGGGGUACAAAAAAGUUUCAGGGCUUGCCCUCAGGUGGUUCUCUGAACAAAUUCUCGUUCAGCAACUCCAAGUAUGACCUGGGCAGGUCUCUUGGCCUUUCCUAGUCUUCAUCUAUGCUCUCGACCUUCAGGGUUGAUGACAGAAUUUGAAAUAAAAUGCCCAACUCGCACGUGAUAAUCCAAAAAUGGCAGCCACACCCCCCUCACAUCUGCAGUCUGCGGACCACGUCAGUCAACACACAACUGUGCAAGUGUAGGAAACCAGAAAUGUGUUCAUUCAUCUCUUGUUCCCAAACAGGAUUCACUGUGAAGACUAAUUUAUAAAUGUGAACGUAAAGGAAAACUCAAACUCUGAAGGAAAUAGUUGCAAUUUUGUUUUUAUCCUCAAGUUAAUCCUCCAAUGUCUAAGUUGUUUCACUGACUUGGUGACAGUUCAGCCUCCAGCGGGUGCCCGCCCGCCCCGCUGGUGUCCUGGUCGGGAGCGCUGCCCGCGGCUGACUCCCUGGGGAUAAAGGCCGCGGGCGGGGCCCUGCUGUUUCCACCUGUGAACUCUUCUACUGUAACUCUGUGGGGCUUGAGAUUUUCUUCAGAUGCAACCUUUGCUUUGUACUUGCUCUCCGGGAUUGAAAUAAAAUGGGGCCAGGUUACUCCUAUGAGUGGCUGUGAUUCAUGGAUGGUUUUAAAACAGCUUCACGUGGCAGCACAAUUUCUUGAGGCGCCUUGAAGAAACUUCUCAGGCCCCAGACAUUCUGAGUAAUCCUGGAACUUUCUUAAGUUCCCCAGAUAAUUUUGAUAAUAUCUGCCAAGUUGCUGCCUUAACAAUUCCAUUGUUCUCCCUACUCUGCUCCUGGCGAGUCACAGGGCAGCUGGCCCACGCGGAGACCCGGGUGCCAGGCCUCCUUCGCUGGCCCCCAGCCCCGCUGUCUCCUGGCUGCACCGCUGAUAUCUUCCUGGCCCCAGACAGUUUGUUCGCAAGUAUCCUGCUCUCAAGGCGCCCCCAUGGCCGCGUCUCCCUGUGCGGGAUCAGCUUCAGACACAGAUGAACUAGCGCUCGGCACACUCCCGGGAGCUCUGCCUGCGGCACGGGAUUUCAACCACACACCAGGUUUGAGCGCUGGUGAAACGAUCAUGUCCAAACUGCUGCAAAAGUUAAGUAAGCCCCAAAGCACUCCCUUGGCUCGGUGACGCUGGCCAAAGUGGAGCCUGCCGGUUGCUCGAAGCUCAGGCAGAGCAAACCGCCUGCCCAGCUGCCUUUCCCUGGUGUCAGAACCGAGCUGUGCUUGAGCAGCCACGCCGGGGGGAGGGGUUCUCUCCCCGUGGCUGCUGGGGUCGAGGCUGCGCUGCCACAUCCUAACCCAGCAACGCCGCGUCGCCCUCAAUGAGAAGGCACAGCAGGUAUGAACACGUAUCUGAACACUCGAACCACCUGGCUUCCUGCAACAGAGACGGCCUGGUCUGCUCUCAGGGGGCUGCGCUCAUGCACCCCCAGCUGGAAGCGGGCUACCAGGCGGGGAGGGAGCACAUCCUGACAGGGGGCACAUCCCAGGGCAAUGGGCUCAGCGUCCAGAAACCCACAUGACCCGAGACUCAGCCACUCGGUUGGUUUACGGUUUUUAUUGUUUCAUUCAGGAAACACAGGGGAGCCUCGGAUGCCCGCGGCGUCCACAGCGGCAGCCCGCCCUCACCGCACCCUCAGGACGUGUCCAUGGUUUGGACUGUCUCUUCUAGCACCUCGAUUUCCAGGGUAGUGACCUUCUCGGUGAGCACGGCAGUGGUCCCUUUCUCACACCUGUACCGGCCAAACCUAGAGAGAGGGGCACACAGUCAGGCGGCACGCAAACCUCCUGCCUUCCCCGCCACUCCCACAGGUGCCAGGACACACUGGCGGUGUCCCUCCACCUUCGGCCUCCCGCCAGUCCCCUCAGCAGCGCCCAGCCCGUAGGAGCCUUCAUGCAGCUUCCAUCACCCUUCUCUGUCACGACAAGAUGACCUCACAGUUACCACAAGCACUUGCGACAAACUGAAGAUGCCCACAGCCAGGCUUGGCUUGUCGCUUUAGAGCAUUCUCCUGAAACUCAGGAACGGCGAGGUGACGGUCCCCUGCAGGGACACCGCACAGCAGCACCACCACCUUCUCAGAGUGAACCCGACAGAGGUUUCUCUGCGCACCAGGCAGAGAGAGAGACACAGGACUUGCACCUUCCUGUGUCCUCCCCAACCGGAACUGACAGGUGCUUCCCUGGUUCAAAGGAUCAACAGCGACCACCUUGUCCCACACUGUCAUUUCGAAGUCAUGGGAGGUGAACCAGCUCCAAGCCCACCCAAGGCAGACACUCCCUGCCCCAAGCCACAGCGCUCGGCUGCUGGCCGCUCCUGCCCUGUCAGGAACACCUGGCGUUUGCACAGUGCUGAGUACCCACUGCAACUGACACCUCCUGCUCUGGAAUGUGUGUGUAUGGAGUGGGUGUUAAGCAUUCCAGAAGGUGUUAUCCUCUGGCCCGGCUGGGGGCUGAGUGGGAGGUGGCAGUUUAGAGAGCCUGCUGUGCUCAGCACAGACGAAGGGACAGGGGCCGCGAGCCAUGGACCAGGCAAGCAGCUGCACCACCAGGAGGAGCUCAGCUGAUGGCUGCCGCAGGUAGGAAAGUGCCAGUUCUCUCUGCAAGUCACCUAGCGCCUUGUCCCCACGCCGUGCCUGACACUCGGUGGCAGACAUCACGGGUGAGCUCCAAGGCUGACCUGUGGAGACUAGGCCACAGUCUCCACAGUGCCUGAGCGGCCUUGGCGCUCUCUGAAAAAUGUACCUUCUCCUGGAAUUCAUGGUUCUCUUCAGAGCAGAGAAAGGACAGCAGGUGACUCAAGCCUCUCCUUCUCACCCCCCAGUCCAGAGCUCUCGUCCCCACUCUGCCCCCACCCCCAUCAGCAUUUUACAAGUCAAGUCACUGUCUACACCUGACCGCAGCGCACAAUCAUAAAGCAAAGACUGACUUGAAGGCCUGCUGUGUAAGGCUGGCUGGAGUCGCAGGAGUCACUCUCUGUGGGAAGGCAUUAAGAAAACCUGUCCAGACGGCAGGGUGGCCACAGAAGCCACGGGCCAGGAAGAAAGUCAUCUCCUUCACUCACCUGGUCCCCUUCUUGUUGGGCACUGAGUAUGGACGGAGAAAGUCCAACUUGGCCUUGCUGAUGACACAGAGAUCAAUGUUACUUCCAGACCCCAGGUCAUUGAAGAUGCCGGCUGCGAUGGCUUCACUCACCAGCUUCUUGGCUUCUUCCUCCUGAGAAAAAGAAUGGCAACAAUAAUAUCCAGAGCCGAGCGGGGGCGCCUAGAGAGCGCUCACUAGCUGCAGGCACAUCACCUGUGAGGGUCAGCACUAUUUUCAAUCCCCCUUUCAUAGAGAAAGAAAAGUCUCACAGUACCUCACUGAUUUGCCCAAAGUUUCCCAGCUGGCAGGUGGGGGACCAGGUUUUCACACCUUUUAGUCACACCCCACCCCCUGAAGUGACUGCUCCACGUCAAUCACCACACAGCUGAGGACCAUGGACGGACAGCAGUUUACCAUCUAAAACAGGGUCAGGAAACUUCUCCCAUGAAGGAUCAGGUAGUAAAUAUUUUAAGCGUUGUGGAUAUAUACUCUUUUGUCCUAACUACUUAGUUGGGUCAAAGGAGCAUAAAAUAGCCACAGACAGAACCAGUAAAACUCAUUAACCAGAUGGCUUGUGGGCUGCCUUAGGCCCACAGCCGUAGUUUGCUAACCCCUGACCCAGAACACCCAACAUUAUGUUCCUGGUAACAUAAAGAGAGUCCAUGUCAUGGAAAAGCCGACACCGCACACAACACAGGUUCCGGGGAAAUGCUGACGCGCCCGGGGACCCACGGACUCGCGCCCACAGGCCUGCAGGCUCACUGAGACGAUCCGUUUCUUUGAAUCACCUCUAUCCUACUUGUUUAAUAAGCUGAAUUCCCUAAUGUUAUCCAUGAAAAACUGGAAUGAUUCACUUCUUGUCCAAGAAGGCCUGUCCCACGCCUGGUCCUGCGCUGAGAGGUAGAGCUGCAGGCACGGAUGGAGGGGCUCCAGGGCCCGGGUCUGGCGGGGCUCAGCAUCCAGUGGGGGCACUAGUACGUACAAUGGAGUCUGGUGACGGCACCAGGCUGGCUGAGGCAGCGCUGCGGGAACACUACUUGCAUCGGGGAGGGCUGGAGGACACUCGCACACUCAGAAAAUAGGAGAGUGAAACAGAGGCAGCAGGGCAGGACCCGAGGAACACCAAGUUCAAGCUCUUACUAUUAAUACAACACGGACCAAAAAAAAAAAAAAUCUCUAAUUUAUCUCCCCUCUCCACCCAUGUAUAAACAUAAACAUACAACUGAAUUAAAAAGUCAACCAAGUAACACCCUUUGAGAAACACAACCCACCCCUCCAGCCCUAAAACUCCAGCCUGAGCUGUCACAGAGCAGGUCUGCUGACUUGGCAUUGUGAGAAGAGCCAUUCCGGGCUCCUGCUCCUCUGCCUGCCCUAAGCCAGGAAGGGAUUCCAGUGACGUGAGUGCCCUCUACAGACUCAGAGGAGGAAAGAAAAGAUCAGCCAGAAGUGGGCUCCUCAGCAACCCAGAGCAGGAAGCUGGGGCUUUUUUAUUCCAGGUUUUCUCACUUCCUAAGUGGCACUCAGGUGCGGCCACCUAGCUGGUUAUUCUCUUGUGAUGUGCAGGACUGUAAGAACACAUUCAACAGGAUCCUCUAAUCCGGAAUUCUCUUCUGGCAUCCCCAAAUCUGGGGCCAGGAGCUUUACCAAAACUUAGUAAUGGAGGUGGCCAAGAAACUUCUUCAAGAUGGCUGCUGCCAUCGCCCCAGAGAGCAAACCCCUGCCCGAACUCCACCUGCGACUUCCUCCCUAGCUGACGUGAGCGCACACCACAGGGCACCUGCACAGUCUCCUGACCCCGACCCACCACCCCCUCUUCCUGGCCCUUCUCUCUGCUUUAUUGAUUCCUUUGCUUUGUCAUCACUGCUUUUCUUAUCACUGCCGCGGGUGCCUUGGGCCAGCAAACAGUACCUAGUGAGUGUCACAAAUCUUGCUGGCAGCACUUAGGAGUGAAGAUUUAAAAUAAUUAAAUUACCCUUGAGAAGAGGGAUGGGGAAAGACUUAGAGAAAACCAAAACACACACACAAAGCGAGGCACGAGGCACGCAUCUCUACUGUCAAUUAGAGCAGGCACAUGGGUGCCAGAAUGCUGACAAUGCUGAGAUUACAGGUGAUUCUCUCUCUGUUUGCAAGUAUUCUGUAAUGCAGUAGAUGAACUUCUAAAAUUUAAAAAUGUGCAAGUCUUGAAAUGUAUUUGUAUAUAGCCUGACUUACAAAAUUAUCAUGUGUGUUGUUAUUUAAGUGACAAAAGGCUUUCAAAAUUUGGGAAAAUACACAUUUAAAUCUUUUCCUCCCUAAUCCUAGGACAGAUAAUUCUUCCAGGAAGAAAAUAUCAUGUAUUUGAUUUUUCCCCAGUUCUACUCCUCCCCACUCCCACCUCCUGGGCACAGGACCGAAGAGGUCACCAGACAAUGGGCAGCAUUACUGAGCACCUACUCUACACGGCCCACACAGAAUGAAGCAGUGUGAGGAGCAUCGUAUUUACCCCUGCCCCUAACCACCUCGUAAGGCUGGCCUGUCAGGAGCUAUGGCUGAAAGUCAAUGACUCACCCAAGGUCACCAAGCUAGUAAACAAUAAAGGAUCCUCUGGGCACAGGCCGGAACACUACAGCACCAAGCAGCUCCCAAGUAAGCCAUCUCAGCAAGUCAGGACCAUGGAGAGCAGUUCCCUGAUUCACAUUAAGUCACCCCCCAACUACCAAACAUCUUCAAAACCGGGACAAGUUUAACACAAGAAAGGCUGGACGACUAGCAGCUCCUCUGAGGGUCCUCUGAAGGUCAUUUCCAAGACAGGGGAGGGAUGAGCAGUGACUCCCAAACUACUCACAGACCACCACCUACCUAUUUCUAAUAUAUCAGAGAUCAACACUAAAGCCCGAGAGCUUUUUUCACAAUACCUCACAUCCCACCCCACCCCAAAUCCUCAGAACACAAAUACAGGGAAGAUUACCAAGGCUCUAUGGUCUGCCCAUUACUUACAUAGUUGUUGUCUUUCACAAAUAUUUGGAACACCCACUGUGUUCCAGAAUGUUUCAUAUGUUGAGAUGGUCUUUUACUCCAGUAGUUCCACACCCAGAAUUCUAGACACAUAUGCAAAUAUGCUACUGGGCAUAGUCAUACUGUGUUUUCUUUAUAGUGGAAUUUCAUAAUUAAACACUCUUGUCUUUAACACGUGCUACCAAAUAUUUAAGAAAACCAUCGAGAAAAACUAUAAACUGAAACAAGAGGUGGUGAAAACGCCACAUUUUUAUCUGUCUCUGGCCCACACAAAGUGCAGAAAGCAUUGCUUCUUCCUUUGGGAUUCAUACUUCAUAGAGAAAUUUCUGGAAGACACAGAAAAACCUGAGCUCUGAGCAGCACCUGCCUGGGGAAAGCUGCUACCGAGGGGCUGUGACCGGGGCCCUGCCAAGCCUGAGACCCCAGCCGGUCAGGUGCGGGUGCAAUGCUCUCUCCCACUGCUGGGGCCACGUCCUCCCGCCAGCUGCUCGUGGAUUUACGUAGCUAGUCACAGGGAACUUGAAGUCCGUAUGUAGACGGACUUGGCACCACUCAUCCUGACCAGAAAAAUAGCCCUCCAGGCCAAUGGCAGUGUCUUUUCACGUAGAGAUACUCAGCCUGGCUAUCGAGGGGCAGUCAGUUGGGCAACCCAAGCUCAAGGUCACCUGGGCUGAGUGACUAGGUCUGAAUCCCCACUUUCCUACUCAUUGCUGUGCAACCUUGGGCAAGCCACUUCACCUCUCUGAGUUCAUUCUCCACUUCUAUGACAUCGUGAUGAUAAAUUAAGAUUUAUCACAGGACUGCUGCAAGAAAUAAAAUAUAGAAAGCAUGCGUGGACUGCCAGGUCUGGCCCAUCGCUGCUGCUUAAUAAACAGAAACGUAUUUAAGAAGGCAAGCUAGAGGGCUCCGAGAAGUAGAGCCGAUCUCUACGCAGUGACUGCUGCACAAAACCCCAGGCUAGGAGGAGGGCCAAACAAACUUGCUGACAAAUCUUCACCCCGUGCCACAGAGAAGUUCCUCUAAUAAUUAAUCCAAGCAAAAAGCACACUCCCUAAAAGUUCAGAGAAUAUAAAAGGAGCACUUCCUGCUUUAUGGCUACAAAGACCAAACUAACUGGGAAUAUCAGUCCCCGGGGCCACCCCUGCUUCUUAAAUGAGAUUACAAUAAGAGUGAUGUACUGUGCGCGAGUCAGCCGUGACAAGCAGCACUUUAUAGAGCUAUCUGUUUGUCUCCAUCACUGCAGCGCGCAAUGUGUCCCCCGACUCCAAUGUGCAGCUCCAUUUACCGCUACAUGACAAAUGGGCAGCACUUGUAAAAGGCACAAAGAGGUCCACGUCGGCCAUGUAAUGGUCACCACAGCUGUACCCGAGUGCUUGAGGGGACAAAACAGACCCCCAAGUUCAUUAAACUGACCAGUAAUGGAUCUUUCAAAAAGUGCCUUAGGAAUCAUACAGAAAAGGCUAAAAUAAAUAACUCAGCAUGGAAGGCUAAUCUGAAAUGGUGUUUGAUAAAUUAUUUAUAACACAGGCGAUUGUCUGCAUUUAAUAUUGGAGCUACUAGUAGCAUCUUUAAAAGAUGAUUUAUGUGUUGUAAUGCUAUUAAACUUUAUAUUGGCCCACUGCUAGCUAUAAAGUCUGCUGAGAUUUAGAGAAUGAGUUUUAAACUGUCACUGCAACAUCAUAGGAGAUGGAGACUGUAUUAAAUCUUUACUUUAAACCUGUUAUCUAGAGAGUUGCAUUUUGUAGACACUCACAAACUGAUAGAUUACCUCGGCAUCCACUAUGGUGCAGGUCCAAAAUAGUACCGCAAAGAAACUUUUGCACAUUAUUCUUGUCUACAGCUACAAUUGAAUUUCUCUUCUCACUUAAGUGAUUUUUAGAUUGGGAAUGUCACCAGGGUAAA